AUGGUGUGUGGUAGAUUGCCUUUCAAUGACAACAGUUUGCACUCGCUAAUUGUACAGACGAAAGGGAAGCUAGCAUUUCCACCUAGAAGUAUGUGUUCACCAGAGUGUCAGCAAAUUAUUCGUAGCAUUCUUGCAUGGGACCCUAGGAAGAGAAUAACCAUGCCUCAGAUUUUGAAUCACGUUUGGUUAUCUGGUGAAGCAAGCAAGGCAAUGUCAAUCAGCGGUCAAACCAAACUUGACACCAACCGUGUAACACUGUCAUCCAUUCAAAAUGAGAUUGAACAAGUGCUUGAAGAAAAGAAGGUUGCAGCCAAACCUGAGACUAUUGCCAUUGUGAAACAACCUGAGCGGUGCAGUGCAGUUAAAACACCAGUUCCAAAACAUGGAUGGGCCUCCUCAGGUAACACACCCGAGCCCCAUACUGCUGCUAAGCUCCUGCAUAAAAGGGACUACAGACUUGCUUCUAAGUCCCCAGCAAUAGAGUCCUUAAGACUCGACAGUCCUGGAAGGGACACCCCGAAUGUGGACCCACCUCGCACCUCGACACCAUGUCCUCGAAGUUUUACACCCUCACCACAAACGAAGAUGCCUAAAAAGAAGGAACUGGCCGUAAAAGUCGCCCAGAUUGUUGCAGAGGCUGGACACAAGAGCCGACCCAGCAACUUUAGCCGCGAAACAUACGUGAUUAUGAACAAGGCGCUGCAGGGAUCACAACGCACUGCGCAGACUAGGAACGACAUCUGGGAUAACACGCAAAGGGUACGAAAGUACGUGACACACCUGUCAUCCGAUGGAAGAGCAAGUGUGACAACCACAGUCCCUGAUGUCUCGCCGUCGCCUAAGUCUAUGAACCAGGCCCCUGUGAGUGCUAAUCUACCGUCUGUUCCAGUGCUUCCAAACAAUUUCACCCCCACUCCACCUACAACGGAGAAGCCAGUUAAAACCGCGGUGCCCUGGCAACGAAUGAACCUCUUCUCCAAAGAACCAGUGCGGGUAGAAUCUCCACAGACCAAGGUCACCGUAACAGCGCUUACUAACACGACCGCUGGUCAAGAUAGAAUAACAUCGACGGAAGUAGAACAACAAACGACCAAACCCUGCAAGCCGUACUUGAUGCGACUCGCUCUUGAAAACCGCGCCAGUGGAAAAACAAGAGUGUUGCGCCUUCCCACCUCAAGGGAAAAUUCCGAAAGAUACCCCAAGGUAAAACAGGUUGUAAACCGGUCUCUUCCCGGUAACAGGAAACAAACCAGCUCGCUCAAGUCGAAUUUAAGGGGUGGAUUAAAAAAAAUCAGCGCUCCCAGUGCCCUGGACAGAAAACACGUGAGGUUUCAACAAGAUACGCGGCAAACAUAG